AUGAAACCGAAGUUGUCAAAGGCAUUUCGACAGGGUUUAUUGAAAAUAACAAGUACUACAGGAGCAUGGAUCAUCACUGGUGGAAUGAAUACUGGAGUAAUGAAGCUUGUAGGUGAAAUUAUACAACUAAAUCAUUAUCGUUCAAAACCAGUUCAUAUCAUUGGUAUAGCUACAUGGGGAUGUGUGAGUGGCACUGACGUGUUAAAUGUACAAGGUCAAACCGUUCAAUAUACAAAAUCACAGACUGAUGUACCAGGUGAAGCGUCGUUAGAUUCAAAACAUACUGAAUUCAUUUUAGUUGAUGAUGGUUCAAAUCAUAAAUUUGGUGCAGAAAUUGAGUUUCGUGCAAGUUUAGAACGCGCUAUUUCUGGUGAAUUUUUCGAUCCUGCACCAACAUUUGGACGGCAACAUUCAGGGGUUGCAGGAUCAACCUCAUUAAGACCAGAAAAAUUUGUUUCAGUUCCUGUUGUGCUCUUAGUUAUAGAAGGUGGACCGAACACAUUCAAGACCGUUCAUGAAGCAGUUGUUAAAAAUAAAAUACCAGCCGUUUUUUUUGAGGGCACCGGUCGUUGCUGUAAUGUAUUUGCUAAAGCCUACAACAAAUAUCGUGAUUUAAAAGACCAAACAGGAAGUCCUGAAGAGCUUAAUACCAAUUCUGAUGUAAUAAAAAAACGAAAAGAUGAAAUUAAGCGUCUUUUGAGAGAAGAAUUGAAAGAAGAAUUAGAAUUACUUGAUAGUGGUAAAAAAACCAAGAAAGUUGGUAAGUCUCAUAGAAAUGUUAAUACAACACGGCUCCCGAUAGCUAGUUUCCUUAACUACUUUCUAGAAAUAAAAAUUUGUUCAAAGCAUGUAGUACUGUCCAUGAAAAGUCGACUCUAGCCGCCGAGUGUCCAGUUUUUCGAAAAAUGAAAAUAUAUUUUCAGAACGUAUAUGCGUAAGAUCUUUUUAAUUUAGGUAUCUCCUCAGUCUCUAAUCCAAAAAAUGUUUUCUUGCUCGUGCUUAUAGAAAAAGAGUCGACUCUUCAAAAUGAGGUUCUUCUCGACAGAUGAUUAUAUUUUCUUCAAAAGCCAAGCAAAUCAUUGAGAGGUGUACGAGAAAAUUCGAGGAGACGAUAUACUGUUCUGACACUUUUCGAAGAAAAAACUUUCCUUUAUUUUCUCAAGGCUUCCAAUUUUCAGAAUACAUCUGAUAUCGUGUUUGAUAGCCUUUUUGUUUCUGGCAUUCAGUUUUAAAUCGAAUCUACGAGUGUUUCGGUUAUAUCAGCACUGACAGCUUGCAUUCUUCCGAGAGUCUUUCUCAAUGAAUUGCUUAUGCCUUUUAAAGAAAAUAUAAUCAUCUGUCGAGGAGGACCUCAUUUUG